AUGACAAGACAAGUUAAGGGUGCAAAAGGCAGAGGCGAGCAAAGGGAAGUAGAAAGAGAGAGGAAGAGGCUGUCAGAAGGGAUAAUGAGGUUGGCUGAAGAGACGCUGAUCAAUUAUUGCCCAACAGGAUUGUACACAGAUGAGUCGCCAGGCUUGAAAGUCGAUCCGGUCGUGGUGUUCGUCUUGAGCUUAGGAUUCAUUUUCAGCGUGGUCGCGCUGCACAUCAUUGCUAAGAUUUCGAGGAAAUUCUCAUAA